ACUUUAACCUGUGGCUACAAGUCGGGGUGAUCAGCAGGCCAGCGCGCUGUAGAUCAAAUCCUUCAGUAUGAUAAAAGUCACUGAAUAAAGGUCUAGUCCUCUUGUGGCUCUUUGUAACUAUACGUCCUCUUAGCAACUUCAAGAAGCAACUGACAUAGCAGCGCAACGAAACAACUGCAGGGAAGAGGGACUUAUUCUGGAGGUUUUUUAAAAACCGUUUGGAAACUUUUUAUACUGUAGGCUACGCAUCAGUCCCAGUUGACCGCUGCAAAACUGAUAUUUUCUCACAUAAACUGUGUCAUCUGCGACAGUCAAUUAUGUUAAUCCGAAGUUUCCUUUUUUUUACUUUUACUCAUUCUUUCGUGCUCCUGGUGUGUCAUCUCAAUCGGGCGAUCGCUCAGAAAUCCACCGGUCCUCGGUGGCUGAUCGGGGACUGGGAGACCCAUUGUGGGCUCACUUGUUCCAGAACCCAGGUCAAGCCUGUGUGUGGCAAUGAUGGGCGGAGCUACGACACUAGCUGUGACCUGCAGAGGGCACGCUGCAAGGACCGCACCCUGUCUCAAGUGCACCGCGGGCGAUGUCGAGGUAAAAACUGGGUGAGGAUUGACCAGCCACCAGUGGUACCCACACCAGUGUCAGAGGGGACAGACCUGGAACUCAAAGGUCUGUCGGUCGGUUGGUCAGUCGAUGUAGGCCAGUCAAAGUGCCAGACGGAACGGAGUCAGGCACUGGAGCAGGCUAGGAGGCCCCAGGAGUCUAUCUUCAUCCCAGAAUGCAACGAGGAUGGAACCUUUGCCCAGGUCCAGUGUCACACUCUGACUGGAUACUGCUGGUGUGUCGCCACAGAUGGAAAGCCAGUCAGUGGAUCCUCGGUGCACAACAGAACGCCUGUGUGUUCAGGAAACUUCCGAGAAUUUAUGGGAACUCAUGCUGGGACAAGUGACAAGUUGACAGGGUCAGUCACUGAUAAACCAUCGGGUCCUCCUAGCUCUGGCAGAAAAGUCUCUUUCCGUUUCUUUCUGACUCUCAACCCAGACGACGGGUCCAAGCCCACUCCCACCAUGGAGUCACACGUUGUGCCAGAUGGAGAUGAGAUCACGGCUCCGACACUGUGGAUCAAACAACUGGUCUAUAAGGAAAACAAACAGAACACUUCCAACAUUAGACGACCAGAGAAAGUUCCCUCUUGUGACCAGGAGAGACGGAGUGCCGUGGACGAGGCCCGUCAGAACCCUCGCCAGGCCGUCUUCAUCCCUGACUGUGGUCCGGGUGGCCUCUACAAGUCAGUCCAGUGCCACCAGUCCACUGGCUACUGCUGGUGUGUUCUGGUAGACACGGGCCGACCCAUCCCAGGCACAUCUACCAGGUACCAGGCACCAGAGUGUGACAGAGUGGCUCGUUCAAUGGUAUCAGACGUUGAGGAUCCUUUCCAGGGCCGUGACCUGACAGGCUGCCCUGAGGGGAAGAAAGUGGAAUUCAUUACCAGUCUGUUAGACGCCCUCACCACAGACAUGGUCCAGGCCAUAAACUCACCAACCCCCUCUGGUGGUGGGAGGUUUGUGGAGCCAGACCCGAGCCACACCCUGGAGGAGAGAGUGGUCCAGUGGUACUUCGCCCAGCUGGACAACAACGGCAGUCAUGACAUCAACAAGAAGGAGCUGAAGCCCCUCAAGAGAUAUGUCAAGAAAAAAGCCAAACCCAAGAAAUGUGCCAGGAAGUUCAUGGACUACUGUGACCUGAACAAAGACAGAGCCAUCUCUCUGCUGGAGCUGAAAGGUUGUCUGGGAGUGAGCAAGGAGGGUAGUCCUGCAAGCAGUGUCAACCAAGGGACAAGGCAAGGUUCUAAUACGUUCAUAGGUCGUCUGGUGUGAGGAAGGAAGGCUCCAAAAGCUGAUGGGGGUGGAGAGGGCCCAGAAGGAAGACAUCUGUACGCUUUCUGACUGACAGGAAAGAGAAAGAUAGAGCACAAAAACUGAAGCUCCUGUAAAAAAGAAGGAAAAAAGAGAAGAAAAAAAAAAGAAGUGGCGCCAAAAUAUUUGCACUUUCUCCUUCCGAUGUUUGACUCUGUAUCUGUUUGAUAUUUACUAGUGUGACGAAAAAAAAAUGUAUAUAGAAAUAAGAACAGCCCUUGUCAUUGUAAGCUGACACUAAAGCUGAGCGACUGCUGUCCCCUGUCCGCGGUGGAGUCAUGGGUUAAAACAUUAGUGGGUAAUGCUAGUGCAGUUCACAGUGAAUAAACUAACGUGCCUCAUCACUAUACACGGGCAAAUGCUGGGGCAUGAAAACCCUUUUUCAGUGGGUUUCCCCUCCACGAGACGACUGUCUGUUGAUUGGGACAAGCCUCCCAGUGUCCUCUCAGCUAGAUGAUGGCCUGUCAACUGUCAAUCUUCUGAUGUUAAUGCCCUGGUAGCAGAUUUACUGGCAGUUCUGUCUCUAUAGUAACACACAGGAGGGGACGAGGGGAGGCAGCCUUUAAUGUGCAGACAAGAACCUCAGUGUGACCCACCCUAAAGUGUUCAACGGUAAUCGGUGGUAGACAGCCCGGGUGUGCUUGUCUGUUCACACUGUUUUUACAUUAGCAAUGGAUCUGGUUUGAUCUCAACAUGUCGGGCUCAACUGCAGAACUGACUACAUCCCCCAUAAUUCAUAGUAAUUCACCCCUUCAGAAGCCCAGUAGGUGUCUUAAUGCGUUAUUGUUGCUGAACGUUGAUUUUUUUUGGGAUUAGAGAGGUAGUAGGUGGUUAUAUGUCAUGCACCAAUACAGACGAAUGUGUUUUGUAUGUUUUGUUUUGUAAUAUGUGUAACCGCAAUAUUCAUUUGGUGAAAUGUUUUUAUGUGGAUGUGAAACUGUGAGACUGAGUCAGUUGUAAAGAGUUUCUUUAUGGGUGACGAAAGGAAGCCCAGGUGGUUAACCCCCAUGCUCUGUAUAGAAAUCAACCACAAAGAUAUUAGGAGUGCAUUCAUUAGUGAGCCUGCCAGCAAAGCACGGCUGAAUGCUUGAAACCGUAAAUGAUUUGCAAUAAGAACAAACAUUUGUUAUUGGACAUUGGCAGGUCCCUUGCCUGUCGCCUUCUCCCGUUUUGGUUCCUGAUGAAUGCACUCCUCAUUUGUGUUCAGGUGUUAUAUUUUUCCAACUACCAGUCAUGUGAUGUGACGUAAACAGUGGUGUAACUCACAUAAAUACUCUUUUGACUAACAAAAAGAGAAAAAAAAACUCUACAUCCAGAAAGAAAACUCAUAUUUUAGUUUGUCUGUCUGUUUGUCUGCUUGUGUUUAUAUGGAGAUAUCCCUGCAAACCAUUGGACGGAAACGAGAUGGCACACUGUAUAUAUGUAUCAUAGCGAUUUCCCUCUUUCAGUAGUACCAUUGUAUUUUAAUCACCAUGACAACUGUUAGUAUAGCACAUUGUCUUAGAACACAUGAGUGUAGGAACAUUCCUGUGAUAUUCUUAGAGUAGAUUUUUCACACAUGUAAGAAUGUAAAAGGUAUCACCAUGCUUGGUUAGUGAUGGCCUCCUCCGUUCCCGGCCGGCCACUAGGCUACAGCCAGAGGUCCUCUACCUCGCUAAUAUACAUCACCCCCCAUCCCUUGGCCAAUGUCUGAGCCAGUAUUACUUAAGGAAUGAGUCACAAAAGCGCUAUCUUGAGGAGAGUGUUUUUAACCCAAGGACCCUGCUGCAUAUCGCUCAUAGUAACCCGGGAGCCUUCAAACAGAAGGCCCCGCCCCCCAGUCUGAUUAGCCAAACCCGGAGCUUCCAACAGAAGGCCCAGCCCCCAGGUCUAAUUAGUCGAACCCGGAACUUCCAACAGAAGGCCCCGCCCCCCCCAGUCUGAUUAGCCAAACCUGGAGCUCCCAAAAUUACACCCCAACUCCCCCUCCUGGUCUGAUUAGCCGUGAUUACUCCCCAAUCAGACGAUAGUUAUGUUAUAUGACAUGUGACCUUCAGGAGUCCCUCUGAUCUGGAAACACUUCACCACAGGAGAGGAGACGAGACAUGGGUCCAAUGUCCUUGUCCGGCUGCCAGGGAGAUGGGAUACAUGAGGUCUGGUGAGGGGGUGUCAGUAAGAGCUGGAGGGGUAAGAGUGGGGCGGGGGGCGGGGUUAUUGGAAGAGGGUCAGUGGAAGUGUCUGCACCAUAAAUGGCGAAAUUCCGACACUGUGUAUUCCUUAUGAAGUGAACUAGUUUUGAUCAACCCCCAUACUGGGGGGCCAUGCCAGUGUUGCUCUGGCUCAGACACAUGGGACUUAGGGGACGGAGGAUGGAGCUCUCUCUACGGGAAGCAUCAGAGCACAUUACUGACAUCUGGUGGUGAAGUUGGGUCUCUGCGUUUUGAAAGGUCCAUGGUCUUGAAAGACAAGAAUCUAGUCUUACCUUUUAGCCAGGUUUGUUAAAUGAAGGGUGUAAUGAGCAAUAUCCAGUUUUUUUUUUGUUUUUUUUACCAAGCCAAUUGACUUACAGUAUUUGAAAUAAACAUUUUUAAAGAAAAUUGUGUUUCUGAUUA